AUGGCACUUGAUCUUAUCAAACCAUUAAAUGUAAUACCAAAACUGCAAGAACAUCGUAUUCUUGAAUUAGAUUCUUUAAGUAAAUUUGUUUUUAGUCAACUCGAAGCAAAAUCAAAAAUGACAGAUUCUUCAAUGAUAUCAACAAUUGAUAGUAAAAAUAACUUACAUUCAGAAUUGGAUACAGACGAAGAAGAUUAUGAUGAAGAUGAUUAUCUAAAUAAUAGCGAUGAACUUAUUACCAACGUUCAUGAGAACAGUCAAAGCCUAAACGAUUCAUUCGACGAUGAUGAACAAGAGAGUAUGAAUUCAAUAAAAACUGACUUUGAUGGUGUGAAGAUACUAGAUGAUAUAAAAAUGGAGCAAAAAGAUUGCUAUUUUAAAAUUAAAAUUAAUGAUAAGAUUAAGUACAUGCACAAGCAAACAGCUUGCUGGAUAUUAAUGAAUAUAAAUGGAAAAAUUUCAUCAGAUCGCUUAUCUCGUGUAAUACAAACAAGCAAAAAAUAAAAAAUAACAUAUAUUCUAUAUGUUCUCUGCUGUUAGUUUUCUUUAGUAUAUCAUUUUAUUAAUAAACACAUUAGCUGCAACUAAUUCACUACCUGUCAUAUUCUUUUAGAAUUCGAACACAUGUUUCUACGUGAUGAUAAUUUAACGUAUUAUUACAUACUUUUCAGUACUUAAGGAUACUUUGAGGUACUGUAAGGCACUUUAAUGUACUUU